AUGUCGCGCGAAGCCUACCAAGUCCCCACCGCCUCGGGCAACAACAGCGCGCCCGGCGGCGGCACCAACCUGUCGCGGACCUUCGACACCGAGGGCGUGACCAUGAACUACAUCUGCGGCGACUGCGGCUUCAAGUUCCCGCUGCGGCGCCAGGACAACAUCCGGUGCCAGGAGUGCGGCUGUCGCAUACUGUACAAGGAGCGGACCAAGAGGAUGGUGCAGUUCGAGGCGCGGUGA